GCUCAAAAGCGGGUCUAGAGGAGGAAAAGAGACAACUAAUGAAGGCGGACGAGAACGGCGGCGAGAUUGAUAAAACCCGCAUUGCCACCCACUGGUAUUGGGCCAUAGCAAGCGUAACCCAGUUCGGAUUUGCAGUAUCUUCGUAUCGAAAAGGUUAUUCCGGCGACCACCGCUUGAUGCCCGUCAAAGCCUUCGGCGUCGCUUCUCUGUUCCUCGGCGCCUCCGCCACUGCAUCCAUCGCUUUCCUCAAAGCCUCCGGCAUUCACAAAGUCGAAGAUCUGAUGGAUUUGGGUGCGAGUAUCAGAAGUGGACUUGGAAUUCGUCCGAGGGCUGGGGAUAAGUAAGUCCUUGUUUGCCAUUCCUUCAUGAAGAGCUCUCUGAGUUUCACUUUUCUUUUCAUUUAGUGCCUUGAAUUUACCUAGAUUACAAUUUUUUUCCUUACCAGUUUAAACUCUCAAUGUUUAUCAUAAAUAAUAAUAAUCAAACAAGUAACUUUACAGUAUC